UGUCUCUAUCCAAUAAAUAAUAAAUAAAGAUAUAAAAAAUUAAAGAGAGAGAGACUGGACCUAGGGUCCGCAAACUGGGGCGCAAGUCUGGCGCUCAGGUCAGUGAGAUGCACAGCACUCCGGAAGGCAGAUUACCCCAAUCCCAGCGACCCCUCGAGCCCACCUCUUCAGCCCCAGCCGAGCCGGGUGGAGGCAGGAGGCUGAGCAGGAGGAGUUGCGUGUGCUGCGGGCGUGUAACCAGAUCUUUCCCGCAGCCCCGGGAGGCCUGUUUCCAUCACCCGCGCAGCCUUCGCGGGCCGCAUACCCGCAGCUCCUCCUCAGCCCCUGCGGGCCGUGGCGCAGAAGCACUUUGUGCAAAUGUAACCUUUGGGCAGGCCCCGCCCCCGCCAGGAAGCUGCGCGGGGCUGCCAGGAAGAAGUCUGCGCUCUGAGCUGGAAAGCGGCCCGUUAAUCAGCCACAGUGACAGUCAGGCUGCAGAGCCCGCGGCCUCGGCCCGCUCUCUCCGGCACCGCUGCGCCCCGCACACGCUCUUUGUUCCCCGCCGGCUGAGCGACCCUGCCCUCCACUCCCGCAACGGCUUCUCGCCCUCCCAGCCCUCCCGCCUCCUGCCCGCUCUCACCGCCCUGUCCGCUGCCUCUCCUCCUAGGGAGGACAGACUGGAAAAGAAAAAGGGGUUCCAGAUGCCAUCAGGAUGCCGGCCAGACUUCCCUGGAUUGAAGACCCCACCAAUGUGUCCUGGAGCUCACUGUGUGUCUGGUGUGUCCCCAGAGACCCACCCUACUAGGGAAAGAGAGAGGCAGACUGGGAGUAUGGACUGACCAGUCAACGCCCAUGUUCAGCGGGGAAGCAAUUACAGAAGCCAGACCUUCCACCUUCUGCAACCCUCAAUGACCCUGGGUCCGUGCUCCCAGAGGGAUAGAGAAUAGGAAAGCUAUCAGGGGAGGGGGUGGGAUAUGGAGAUUGGGCGGUGGGAAUUGUAUGGAGUUGUACCCCUCCUACCCUAUGGUUUUGUUAAUUAAUCCUUUCUUAAAUAAAAAAAUAAAAUAAAAUAAAAAAAGACAAUAAAAAGAAAAAAAUAAUUAAUACUAAAAAAAAAAAAAAAAGGGUUCUGUGUUGUUGGUCAGCCCUCAUUCCCCUGAUUUUGCUGCCCUGGAAGGGUGGGAAGUCAGGAUAGAGGGAGCAUCACAGAGCUGGACCCCAUAGGACAAAUAUCUGGGGGCUCAAAGAAAAAGGGGGUGCCAGCCUCAGGGCCCCAUGAUCAGGCCAGCAGGAUGGUCAGCUACCUUUCCUUGCAUAGGACAUUGGUGAGGACACUUCAGCUGCAAGUAGCAGGCAUUCUGAUCAGGCUGGAUUAUAACAACCUUGUGGCGACUGACAAUCCACAGGGUUGGGGCUUCUGCAAGUGUUUGCUCCUCAGGGAGCAGUGGAAGCCACCAACUUCAUUCCUUGAGCAGGAGGG